AUGGAGAAUAACAAUGUGUACUCGUGUAACUACCAGAUGAAAGAUGAAAAUGGAAAUUCAGUCCCACAAUGUAACACACAAAAUGAACUACAUGGUAUGAAUAAUACAUCAAAUAAUAAUAAUCAGAAUAUUAUACCACAGAAUAAUCAUUAUUAUGGUAAUGAUUUUAAUUAUCCUAAACCUAAUUAUUUAAAUAAUGAUUACAAUUAUAUGGCUUAUCAUAAUAUGAGUCGUCUCAAUUAUGUAUAUCCCUAUAAUCCUUAUAGAAAUAAAAAUUACCCAUAUGGUAAUUUGCCGAACGUCUAUUAUCCAAAUGGUUAUUAUGCAAAUUAUUGUUAUCCAAAUUAUUGUUAUCCAAAUUAUUAUUAUCCAAAUUAUUAUUAUCCAAAUUAUUAUUAUCCUAAUAAUUAUUAUGCAUAUAAUAAUUUUCCACAUAAUAAUUUUCGAAAUAAUAAUUUUCGACAUAAUAAUUUUCCACAUAAUAAUAUUCCGCAUAAUAAUUUUCCACGUAAUAAUAUUCCGCAUAAUAAUAUUCCGCAUAAUAAUUUUCCACAUAAUAAUUUUCCACAUAAUAAUUUUCCACAUAAUAACAUUCCGCAUAAUAAUUAUGCAAACAAUAAUACAUAUUGUACACUUGGUUAUCACGAGACAUAUAGCCGGAGGAAGUAUAUAGAUAACAAUGUACAUAAUUUACCAAGAAAUUAUUCUUAUGAUAACAUGAACAGAACAUGGAAUUGUAACAAUUUUUCUAGUAUGAACAAUAUGGUUAUAUCUACAAAUACAGAAUCUAAUUGCAUGGUGUAUACUGAAGAUACUAUUAACACUACACGUAAUAUGAAGAAUUAUGUAAAUAAUUAUAGAAGUUGCGAAAUUAAUGCGGACAACAAUAAUGGUAGCAAUGAACAAUCUAUCUCUGAUGUGAGGGAAACGGAAUAUGGACAAAACAAAGAUGUUCAUGUUUUUGAGGAAAGUGUAAGGGAUUACACAAACAAUGAUAUUAAAGAAAGAAAAAAAAAUAUUUAUUUUAAUAAUAAUGAGAAUAAUUAUAAAGAGAUAUUUAAUGAAUAUGAAAGUAAUAUGGGCAAUAUGGGCAAUAUGGGCAAUAUGGGCAAUAUGGGCAAUAUGGGCAAUAUGGGCAAUAUGGGCAAUAUGGAUAAUAUGAGCAAUAUGAGCAAUAUGGGUAAUAUGAACAAUAUGAGCAAUAUGGGUAAUAUGAGCAAUAUGGGUAAUAUGAACAAUAUGAGCAAUAUGGGUAAUAUGAGCAAUAUGGGUAAUAUGAACAAUAUGAGCAAUUUGAGCAUUAUGAACAGUGUGGAUAGUAGAAGAGAAAAUGUGCAUAUUACAAAUGAUGUCAUCGAAAUAGUUAGUGAAUUGGAAGAUAACACAGAAAAUAUAAUUAAUAUAGAUGACAACUCAGAAAAUAUAUAUAAUUCAGAUAAUUACACAGAAAAUGUAUAUAAAUCUGAUCAUAACUCUGAAAAUAUAAUUAAUGUAGAUGAUAAUACAGAAAAUGUAGAUAAUUCAGAUAAUUACUCACACAAUACAUAUAAUUCAGAUAUCAAUUCAAUAAAUAUACUUAAUAUAGAUGAUAAUACAGAAAAUGUAGAUAAUUCAGAUAAUUACUUACACAAUGCAUAUAAUUCAGAUGUCAAUUCAAUAAAUAUACUUAAUAUAGAUGAUAAUACAGAAAAUGUAGAUAAUUCAGAUAAUUACUCACACAAUACAUAUAAUUCAUAUGUCAAUUUAAUAAAUAUACUUAAUAUAGAUGAUGACACAGAAAAUGUAGAUAAUUCAGAUAACUACUUACACAAUGCAUAUAAUUCAUAUGUCAAUUCAAUAAAUAUACUUAAUAUUGAAGAUAACAUUGAAAACAUGAAUUAUUCAGAUGAUAUAUUAGAAAAAAAUUGUAAUUCCAAUGGAAAUACGGAACAUAUAUCUAUCGCAGAUAAUUACACAGAAGAUGUGAGCAACAUAGAUAAUUACACAGAAGAUGUGAGCAACAUAGAUAAUUUCACAGAACAUGUGAGCAAUACAGAUGAUUACAUAGAGAAUCUAACCGAUACAGAUAACAACAAAAGAAACGAGACUAAUGAUACAAAAGAUAUUAACAAUUCAUUUAAUAAUAAUACUAAUGAGAAUAAUUAUACUAAAAUAACAACAUAUCAUAAUAAGAGAAACGUGAAAUCUAACCCUUUAGAUAAACUACAGAAGCAUGUGGAAAGUAUAAUUAUGAAAAAUCAAGUAUAUAAACAUAAUAAUGAAAGUGAACAUGUGUAUAUCGACAAUAAGAAAAACUCACCAAUUAAUUCAAAUAAUGAUGAUAGUACUGAAACAUAUUCAGACGUGAAUAAAACAUAUGAAUAUAAAAAUGAAUCGAUUAAAAAUGAAGUAGGAACUGAUAUGUGUAAUCAUCCAAAUGAUGAAAAAUAUGUAAAUGAGGAUAAUAUGGGAAAUCUAAAAAAGAAAAAAAAAAAUAAGAAAAAAAAAAAUAAAAAAAAUAAAAAAAAUAAAAAAAAUAAAAAAAAUAAAAAAAAUAAAAAAAAUAAAAAUGCACAAGAUUGUAGCACGAGUGAAGAAGUUAAAAAUAAUGUGGAAAGAAAUAAUGAGGAAGAAGAAAUUAAAAAAAAUAAUCAUAUAAAUGAUACAAGAAAAAAUGAAAAGGAUACUCAUUCUAAUAACAAUAUGAAAAGUGUUCCGAAUUAUAAAAAUAAGAACAAGAAUCAAAAUAAAAAUAUGUUUACUAAUAUGGACCAUAUGAAUGUGAUGAAUAACAUUGAUUGCAUUAAUAUGAAGAAAAAGAAUUAUAUGUAUAAUAUAAAUAAUAUGAAUUAUAUGCGUAAUGUGAAUAGUAAGUAUGAAAAUUAUAGAAAUUAUUCAUAUUAUCCAAGAGCAUCCAGUUUACCAUAUAACAAUGUAACUAUGAUAAGAAGGUCAAAUGCACCAUAUGUUCAACCCUUUAAAAAAAUAAUCAACGAUAACUCUAUGAAUAGUUCAAAUAAUCAUUUUAGGGAAGGUUCUAAUGUAAAUAGAUGUACAGAACAGAAUACAGGAGCUAACAAUAAAGAAAAAAAAUUUGUAAAAUCUUGUGAUGAAAAUAUUAUGAAAAAUUAUCAACAUCCGGAAAAAAUCAACACUGGAGAAAAGAAUGUGUCUGUUCAAGGGGGUGAGGAAUGUAAUGAGAAUACAGAAUCAAUGAAUAAUAACACAAAAAAUGUACCGGAAAAUUAUAAUACAAAGAAAAGAAAUUAUAAAAAUAAAGUUGGCAUUAAAAAUAUGAACGAUAACGAAAAGAAAGAUAAUAUGAAUGGCAAAAAUGAUGAUAACAAUAGGAAAAAUAAUAUAAAAGAUAAUGGCAAGUAUGAAAUUAUUAAUUCUUCAAAUGUGAAUGAUGUACAUCAAGUUGAUAAAAUUAAUAAACAGGAAACAGUCAACUGUAGUGAUAUUAGCAUAAAAUUAAAAAAUAAUAUGAACAGUGAUAAGGAUGAUAAGGAUGAUGAUAAUGAGGAUGAUAAUGAGGAUGAUAAUGAUGAUAAUGAGGAUGAUAAUGAUGAUAAUGAUGAUAAUGAGGAUGAUAAUGAUGAUAAGGAUGAUGAUAAUGAGGAUGAUAAUGAGGAUGAUAACGAUGAUAACGAUGAUAAUGAUGAUAACGAUGAUAAUGAUGAUAACGAUGAUAACGAUGAUAAUGAUGAUAAUAAUGAUGAUAAGGAUGAUAACGAUGAUAAUGAUGAUGGUAACGAUGAUUAUAAUGAAGAUGAUUAUAAUGAUGAUGAUUAUAAUAAUAAUAAUUUAAAGAACAAUUAUUCUUUAGAAAAUAAAAAUAUAAGUGAAAAGAAGAAAACAUCGAAUGUCAAACAUAUGUUUGAUUCUGAAAAUGAGAUAAAAAAGAAUAAGAAGUUUAAAAAUGUUCAAAAUUGUCGAAGUCAAUAUAAUAAUAGUAAUCAUUUUGAUAAAUGUAAUAAUGAUAUUUUCACUGGAAUGAAUAUGAAAAAUAUGAAUUUUGUAAAUUAUAUUAAAAAUAGAAAAAAUGUGCAUAACAAUAAUUGUAGGAAUACAAACUAUAAUGUUAUGAAUAUGGAAAAGAAUAAGAAAAAUAUAAAAUAUAAGAACCAUACAUAUAACAUGAUAAAUCUAAAUAAUACAAAUAAUAUAAAGAAUACAUAUCCAAUGAAUAAGAAAUUUAAUAAAAAUUUAUUUUAUGGAUUUGGAUAUACCAAUUGUAAAUAUAUCCCAAUUAUAUUUGAUAAUCAUAAAUAUUCUAAUAAAAAAGAAAAUUUAUCUUUAAAAAACGACAUGAAAGUAAAAAUAAAAGGAGUAGCUAUAAGCAGUAAUACAAAUGAAAAUGUAAAAUAUAUACCCCAAUCUAUAUCGAAUCAUAGACAUUAUAAUAAAUAUUAUAAUCAUUAUAAUGGAAAAACGAAAUAUGAAAAAUUUAGAUAUAAUUCUUUUUACAAAAAUUUUGAUAAUAUUAAUUGGAAUAAAAGAAAUGAUAAAAAGUUUAGUUAUAAUACAAAAUCAAAUAUUUAUAACAUUCAAGAUAAUAUUAAUAAUAGAUAUAAUAAUAAUGAUAAAUUUAAGAAGGUCCAUAGGAAUAUAAUCAUAACACUGAACAGACCACAUAAUUAUCCAGAAAAUACUAUUAUAUAUAAUUUAAAUACAAGAAAGAACUCAUCUUUAAAUAAUAAUAUGAGGUAUUCUUAUGAGAAUAAUAAACAUAAAAAAAACAAUGACUUCUUCAAAAAUGAUAAAACCAAAUCCUCACAAAAUAAUAUAUUACGCCUUUAUAAUAGAAACAAUAAUUCAAACGAUAGAAUAUUUCAAAAUGUAAACAAUAAUAAUAAUUCAAACAUAAUCUCAAGGAACACUGUAAACGAUACAACAGAAAGAAAAAAUGAAUUUAAUAGUAAAGAAUAUGAUAAAACAUCUGAUUUCAAUAAAAAUAAUACUCCCUUAAACAAAGGAUGUAAUCAAGGGUUUCAAGAUAAUAAUAGGCACAAAAAUAAACAAAACAAACAAAACAAACAAAACAAACAAAACAAACAAAAUAAACAAAAUAAACAAAACGAACAAAAUAAACAAAACAAACAAAAUAAACAAAACAAACAAAAUAAACAAAAUAAACAAAACAAACAAAAUAAACAAAAUAAACAAAAUAUUCAGAACAACUCUUUAGAAGAUAAAAUAAAAAUAUAUGAAUCAGACAAAUGUAAUCAUAAUGGUGUUUCCAAAUGUGACAUAAAGAAUUUAGAGGUAAGUGUAGAAACAAACAAACCCAAAAAUAAAUCUUAUCAUUAUAAUAGUAAUAACUACAAUUCACAUAUACAAAUGAGUAAUAAUGAAAGAAACAAUUCUAAAGGGAAAAGUACAAGAAUUGGAAAUACUAUAAUUAGGUUUGACCCUUUUGUGGAUAAAAAGAAUAAUAAAAAUAACAAUAACAAUAAAAAUAACAAUAAAAAUAACAAUAACAAUAACAAUAACAAUAACAAUUAUAAUAAUAAUGAAAGGAAUGAGGAUGCUAAGUGCUUACCUAUGAAAACAAAACCACAUGAUAUUAAGAAAAAUCUAUCUAUAUGUAAUAAAAACAAUUAUCAUAGUAAUAAUAUGUAUAAUAAGAACACACAUAAUUAUAAAAAUGUUAAAUAUAAUAAAAAUAAAUAUCACAAAAAUAAUUAA